AUGUCGAACAAGACGCGCGCCGAGCGGAGGAAACGAGCCAAGGCGCGAUUGGAGACAGAGACGGCCAAGGCGUUCGAGGACGCGGCAAAGGCGAUUUCGAUGAACAACGCGCGCGGCGAGGCGACGACGGCGAAACGACGUGGACGGGCGGCGAAAUCACCCGAGGUCGAGGACGAGGUGGAGGUGGAGUACGUGCCGGCGCCGAUGGAACUCGAGCUCGAGGGUGCGGGCGAGGCGGAGAGCGUGAAGGAGUUCGAGGAAAUUUUCGAGGCGUUUCGAAGACGAGGGUCGAGCGCGGGCGAGGUCGGGACGAGCGCGGACGGCGCGGUGGACGUCGAUGGCGACGACGCGGAUGCGAAUAAGGAGGAAGAGGAUGAUAAUGAUGAAGAUGAUCAAGUGACGGAGCUGUCGAAUAAGCAGAAGAAGGAGAUGCGAAGGAUGAAGGUGGCGGAGUUGAAGCAGCACUGCUCGAAACCCGAGGUGGUGGAGGUGUGGGACGCGUCGGCGAAUGAUCCGAGAUUGCUCGUCUUCUUGAAGGCGCACAAGAACACGGUGCCGGUACCGAGGCACUGGAGUCAAAAGCGGGCGUUCUUGCAGGGCAAGCGUGGGAUCGAGAAGCCGCCGUGGGAGCUCCCAGAUUUCAUCCGAGCGACGGGCAUUCAGAAGAUUCGCGACCACUACGCAGAGAAAGAGGCGGAGAAGACGAUGAAGCAGAAGCAGCGGGACUCCAAGGCUGCGAGAGUGAACCGCAUGGACAUUGAUUACCAGAUUUUACACGACGCGUUCUUCGUCUAUCAGUCCAAGCCGAAGAUGUCUGGAGCGGGCGACCUGUAUUACGAGGGCAAGGAGUUUGAGGUGUCCAUCGGGCGUAAACCGGGCAAGCUGAGCGAAGAGCUCAAGUCGGCGCUCGGGAUGACCGACGGCGGGCCUCCACCGUGGUUGAUCAAUAUGCAAAGGUACGGACCGCCGCCGAGUUAUCCACACUUGCGCGUCCCGGGUCUGUCGGCGCCCAUCCCGGCGGGAGCGCAGUUCGGGUACCAUCCUGGCGGUUGGGGUAAACCUCCGGUGGACGAGCUCGGGGUCCCGAUCUACGGCGACGUCUUCGGAAGCACCAAGCCAAAGACGAACGAUAUGACGCCGUACGAUGUCGCCGUGGAUAAGACGAAGCAGUUCGGCGCCAUCGACGAGGAAUAUGAGGAAGAGGAGAGCGAGGAGGAGGUUGAGGAUAUCGAGGAACAGCAAGAGGACGUGGAAGGAGAGGCAGGGGAGGAAGUGGACGACGGAACCGAAUCUGAGCUACCGCCUGGAACGGAGACUCCGGACGUCUUGGAUCUUCGCAAGAAAUCCGACGGUCCAAAGACCCUGUACAAGGUGUUGGAAUCGCAAGACGCCUCGGUGCGUGCCGACCAAAUCGUCGGUUCGUCGCAUACGUACGUUAUCCCGGGCGAGGACGACAAACCCAAACGUCGCGGUCGCGCUGGCGUAGAAGUCACGCUCGAUGCCGACGCGCUCGGCGACGACGGCGUCGCGGACGAAGACGCCAUGCGCGCGGCGUACGAGCGUCAAAUAGCGGAGAACCGCGCCGAAAAGGCGCACGAGGACUUCUCCGACAUGGUCGCCGACCACGCCCGAUCGCAAAAGCGCAAAGCUGCGAAGGAUAAGAAGGAGAGCGACGCGAAAAAGUUCAAAUUCUGA